GAAGGAGACACCACCAGUGGCUCAGUAACCAAUCAUACCUUUCCUUCACGAAAAAAACUGGUAAACCGGGUGGCUAAAGGAAAGGCACCGUUCAAACCGGACGUUACAAUAUGGUGUUCAGACAACGACCUAGUAGCUCUGGCCACCAGAGAGAUGAAUCCUCAAACUCAAGCAGAACAAAUUAUUUCUCACGAGCGCGAAAAAAUCCGUUCUUAUUUCCGCUCCUCUCAACCACUCUCUAUUUAA